GCUUUGCUACUGACGCACUUCUGUAUUGAGGAGGGUAAAACAGAAGAGAGACUGAGUCGGACAUAUAAUUCUUAAACAGUACACCAAAAAAUCGACGUAGGAGACACUCAAGAUUACACUUAAACCAAAACUGCGAUGGAGGUGAGGAACUACUCGUCUGAAAACAGCUCUGACUUAUCCGGAAUGAGCGGGUGUGAAUUCCCGGUGUUAAACCUGACGGACGAGAGCAGGGCUGACGUUUACAUGCUCAAUGCACUGACGGGAAAGGUGAUUCUGAUAGUCAUGUUCAUCAUCCUUGCUUUCGGUGUGCCGGGGAAUCUGGCGUUUCUUGUUGUGGUAUUUCGUGUGCAGGCCAUGAGGAACGCCACUAACAUGUACCUUACCAGCCUAGCCGUGGUGGACCUAACAUUCCUCUCUGUCAGCAUCUUACCCUACUUCUUUUACUUCAAUAACUCGGUCCGCACCCACUUGAACACUGCUGGGAGAGUGGGUUGCGUCGGGGCUUUCAUUCUUCCAUACUUUACUUACUUCUUGUCGAUAUCCACCGUGAUCCUGGUGACCCUUGACAAAUAUAACGCCGUGUGCAACCCCAUUAGGUACGCCAAAGGGCGCAACAAGCAGCGAGCACUCUGGCUUAUCAUCGGGAGCUGGGUGGUUGCCGUGCUGCUGGCCGGCCUGGUAGCGCUCCGCCUCGCCAGCUUAACAAGACGGUGCGCCCUGUGGCCUAAAGGAGAAAAGUACCAAGACUUGCCGGUGCUCGUCGGAUACUGUGGUGCGGUCUCGUCAGCCGGAUUUAUAAUCGGGCAUUCGGUGGAGGUUGUGGUCUUCUUCAUAGCCCUGGCGGCCAAUGCUUUCAUGUACGGUCGGAUAAUCUUCGUCCUUAACACCAGAGUCAACAAGAAGAAGCAAGAGCAGCAGACUGUCCCCAUUCGGGCCUGUCAGAUGCGCAACCAGGUCUCCCAGCUACUCAUCACCUUCGGUACGGUGUUUUUCUUGUGCCAGUCUCCAUUCGUCUUCAUCUCCCUAGCCUACAUCAGAGACUAUCACCUUGGGAUUCCGCGCGAUGUGUCCUAUCGAAAGUUUGUCCUGCCGCUGACCAUAAGCCACGUUUUCAUCUUUCUGAACUCCGCCAUCAACCCAGUCAUCUACAACCUAACCAGCAGGAUCUACCGUCGGGCCUUCAAGGAGGCUACGUGCUGCGAUCGCUUGCUUUGCAAGCGCGACCGACAGAAGAGCGUGGUUUCGAUACGACCACACGUGUGUGAAAACCCCAUACCAGCCGAAGAAUAUGGUGUGGAUGAUAUGGAAACAAAACUGUAAAAAUUGGUUAUUUCGGAUUGUCAAAAUGCGGACAGGCCUCAAGAAGCAAAUCAUAUGAAAAAGAUAAGUCUACAUCGAAAUAUAGAGCCUUCUUUUCAACACUGUUUUGUAUGGAAUUAACGCGCAGUUGUCUCAAGCGAAAAGUGUUCUCUCUCAAUCGGGAUAUGACUAAACUUCAAAUUAACUCCCGACUUCGUGGGCAUGGCUUGGUCAACUACGUUACACUAACACACCGAGGCGUAAUUUCCCAACGAGCCAGUCUGGGUAUUACCAGUUAAGAAAAUAUGGAAAUUGGUGAUUGAUAAAUGUUGAAUGACUCGGUCGAAUGACAGAACAAUAAGCAAGUAAUUGACCUAUCGCGGUAUAUAGACUUGCGUAAACGCAGAUUGUGAAAAUUGACAAAGUGGACAGGGAGUUGAGUCAGGGAGGCCCAAAAGCUGAGACUACAAACUCAACGAUAGAAGUUGUCCGAUAGGCGUGGCUAACUUUAAAAGAACAAUAGGUCAAUCCUGUUCGUAAUUCGUCAUACUCGCGCAAGCAAACACCACUAAUCACAAGCUCCCACUGCUGCUGCGUUAACUUCCGGUUCCAUUGGCUCCAUGUAACUCUGUGGAUAUGUUUGUUUCACAAGGAUCCAGAUCACGAUCAGUGAUCCAUAACAAGAGCGCAGCAAGCGCUUGCUCUGCAUGCACAGCCACGAAACCCCUUUGUAUAUUAUACCCUGUGAUCGCAAUUUUUCGCUGGUUAUCUGCAUCCUGAAAACUUUGUGUACCCAGGUGUAGGAAAUUGAAUAUUCUUGCAGUUGUUAGUGCUUGGUAUGAUCUCACAGCAUAAUAAAUUUAAUACUUGUGCAGUUGCUUGCAUUAAACUUGGUCCCCUGAAUGUAGGUGCAGUCAUUGCCUUUAACAAACGCUUUCUUCUAGAGUAAUUUUGGGGAUAAUUAUUGCCCCGUUGUUCACAAGAUUUUGUGUUUUGUUAGAAUCAUUUUUUAUCGUAGUAUUUGUAGGCCUACAAAAAAGUAUUUCCCGAGAUUUCAUAAUCACUCCCUGUGAUGAAAUAGCACAUUUUGUUCCUUAUGAACCAGCUUUCC